AUCGCGUUCAUGGGGGUCUUAACCAACAUCGCCAACAUCAUGGUCUUCUACAGGCAGGGGUUCAAAUCCUCCGUCAACAUCGGCCUCACGGGGCUCGCCGUGUCCGACCUGUGCGGCCUGCUGACUCUGCCGUGGUACAACCCGAUUGUGUGCUUGUCUCUGCCGAACUCCGCCGCCAACAUCUUCUCAACGGAAGUGAAGCAGCUGACCUCAGGAUUCCCCCAUGCGUGCUUCACCAGGAUCACCGCCUGGAUCACGGUGAUGCUGACCGCCGAGAGGUGUGCCUGCAUCUGGGCCCCCUUGACGUUCAAAGGUGUAAUCACGACGAGGCGGGUCAAACUGACCGUUGGCUUGGUUUACGUCCUGAUGAUCGCGUCGCUGCUCCCAGAAUACACCACGGCGUACCUGGACUGGAAGUUCUAUCCAUCAUUCAACACGACCCUUAUCGGGCUGGUGGUAACGGCUAACAGAAAAUACACCGAGGGGCUCAGUUUUCUUCUCUACGCCAUCUACGUCCUCGUUUCGUUCCCGUCCGUCAUAUUUUUCACCUCCGUCUUGGUCGCCAAGCUCACACAGAAGACCAACAAACGGGCGGCCCUGUCGCACGACAGGUCGCAGAACGAGGCGAUCUCAAGGCGGAACAAGAAGACGAUCACCAUGGUGGCGGGGGUGGCGUGCGUCUUCAUCGUCACGUUCGUCCCGACGUUCGUCAUCUGCCUGCACGCCUUCGUCCAGCCGUCCAACACGCCCACCAGCAAUGACCUCAUGUGGCUGGCCGUUUCCGUCAUGUUUGCGUUCGACGCCCUGAACGCGACUGUCAAUAUCGUUACGUACUAUACCAUGAGCUCCAGGUAC